GAGGUUCCUCAUUAAAGAGACGUGUUUAAAUGCUUCCAACAGGAUUCUGACUGAAAACCUUAUUCUGCGUUCUUGAUGGAAAUAAUAAUUUCAAGAAUCAGGACUCAGUUUUGCUGUCUUUUCUUAGCUAUCUUCUAAAUCCUAUUAGACUGUUAACAUUUAUAUUAACAACAUUCAAAAUGCUACGCUCUGGAUUAUGGAUAGCUAUUGUUUUAGCUAUUAGUUUUCCAAGUGUUCAUACUGACUGCUGGUUAAUUGAAGGGGACAAAGGUUAUGUAUGGCUGGCAAUAUGCAGCCAGAAUCAGCCACCAUAUGAGACCAUUCCACAACAUAUCAACAGCACUGUUCAUGACUUGCGUCUUAAUGAAAACAAGCUCAAGAUUAUUCUCUACUCCUCUCUCAGUCGCUUUGGAAACCUUACCGAUCUCAAUCUGACCAAGAAUGAAAUAUUCUACAUUGAGGAUGGAGCAUUUCUAGGACAGUCUAACCUGCAAAUCCUGCAGUUGGGCUACAACAAACUCACUAAUUUGACAGAAGGCAUGUUGAGGGGAUUAAGCAGACUGCAGUUUUUGUUUGUUCAACAUAAUUUAAUUGAAGUUGUCUCUCCCAAUGCUUUUUAUGAGUGUCUCAGUCUAAUUAGUAUUGAUUUGUCCUCAAACCGGUUGACUAAGUUGGACAGCAAUACAUUUAUUGGGCUAGGUGCACUGAUGGUUUGUGAACUAGCUGGAAACCCAUUCCACUGUGGCUGUGAACUUUAUGGGUUCUUAAAUUGGCUUGCUAUAUUUAAUAAUGUCUCAAAAACGUACGACAGAUUGCAGUGUGAGACACCUCGGGAAUUUGCUGGCUACCCACUUUUGAGUCCCAGGCCUUUCCACAACAAGAAUGCAGUAACCAUCCUGCAGUCCCUUUGUCGGGAUGGAGUCUUACCAUCUCAGCCUACUAUUACUCCAUAUGACAUAGAUAGCAAUCCAGAUGAUUACUCUGGGUCUAUCCCUGAGGAUGGUCUCAAAGCAGAAUCUACAACAACAGCAUCAGUAAUUGACUCAUCAUCCAGUCCAACUAUAAAACUCCACCACUUGACUUUAACAACUGCUACAUUGAUGAUCCAUAUUCCAUCUCUAUACAGCAAAAUGUAUAUAUUAGUCCAGUAUAAUAAUGGCUACAUGUCAGAUGUCAUGAACCUAAAGAAAUCAAAAGAGCUAAUAACUCUGGAGAAACUGAAGGCUCAUAGCAAUUAUACGUUCUGUGUUGCUUCCAUUCGUAAUUCAAAGAGGUUUAACCAUACUUGUUUGACCUUUGCCACUCGGAAUUAUGAAAUAAAAGACCCUUUUCAAACCACGUCAACUACCACUCACUACAUUAUGACAAUUUUGGGGUGCUUAUUUGGAAUGGUUAUUGUGCUUGGUGCAGUUUAUUACUGUCUUAGAAAAAAGAGAAUUCAAGAAGAAAAGCAAAAAUCCAUUGAUGUAAAGAAGACUAUUCUUGAAAUGCGGUAUGGAUCAGAUAUAGAUACCAUAUCCAUAGUUCCUUCUUCUCACAAGUUAAAUGAACUGUCAAUACCCACUUCCAGGAUGUCUGCAGUGCCAUCAGCUAUUGUUGACAAAGGACAAUUUAAAACUUUUGAAGGAUGUGAUACUCCAAGGACCACCAAGGGAAAUUACAUUGAAGUUCGUACAGGAGAGACUUCAGAGCAGUGUCACAGAGAGGAUGACUUAGUCGAUAUGGACAAUGGGCAGGGAUCUGCUGCAGAGAUCUCAACAAUUGCAAAGGAAGUUGAUAAAGUAAACCAAAUAAUUAACAACUGCAUUGAUGCUCUAAAACUAGAUUCUGCCUCAUUUCUUGGCACAGACUCUGAGUUGCCAUUUGAAUGUCAAUCUGCACCUGUCUCUGCUACUGGUCAUUUGGAAAGGCCGAGUUUUUUGCCUCCUCCAUACAAAGACAAUAUUCAUCCCUUGCAGCGCCAACUCAGUGCAGAUGCUGCAAUCAAAAAACGUUGCAGCAUAUCCUCCAGCGGCUCUAUCAAAAGUGCACGUAUUUUCAGUCUUGAUGCUUCAGAUCCUCCUCUGAAGUCUGAUUCCAAAUAUAUUGAGAAAGGAAGCCCAAAAACUGGGCCGAUGGAAAGGCUUCCUUUAGUAUCACCUGGAGGAAUCCAUCAUUUAGACGUCAAGCCUUCAUAUCACUGUAGUGAACAUCGUCAUUCCUUUCCUGCAUUGCACUAUGAGGACAACUCGGACACUCUAAGCCAGAGGGCCUCCUUUCUUAAACCUCUGUCACGAUCCAAGAGAGAUUCUGCCUACUCUCAGCUUUCUCCUAGGCACCAGUUUUCAGGGUAUUCUUCCAGCCCUGAAUACUCUUCAGAAAGCACUCACAAGAUAUGGGAACGAUUUCGUCCUUAUAAAAAACACCACAGGGAAGAAGUAUAUAUGGCAGCUGGGCAUGCCUUGAGGAAAAAAGUCCAAUUUGCAAAAGAUGAAGAUUUGCAUGACAUUUUAGAUUAUUGGAAAGGAGUAUCUGCUCAGCAAAAGUUGUGACUCACAUUUUACCACAUAACUGUGAAAUUUAUAAAGUUUACAUAACAGAAGUCCAACUGUGUGACUGGGGCUAGCUCUGUUACUUAGAACAGCAGGAACUUACUGCCUGCUCUUCAGUGUUAAUGGCCGAAGUGAGGGUGGUUUUCCAGUACCUAUGGUCACUGAAGGGGAAUGUUGGAAUACAGUAUCUUUUUUACAGGACAUUUUACACCAGCUCAUCUCUGUUCCAGAAAUAUAGUUAGUUUUUUUCUGAGUUCUUUGUUGUGGAAAGAGGUGAUGGUCUUAUACUUACAUCGUAUUCUAAAACUUUUUUUUUUCUUUGAAGUGUCAUGCUAUCUUCAUUAUAAUUUAUCAACAAGACAUUUCAAAUUAACACAUUGUAAUAUGCACAUAUUAAAACAUUUGUAAACUAUUUUGUAAGCCACUUAAUUUAGAAAUGUAGCUCAUACCUACUCCCAUUUUUAUAUCAUACUUUUAUAGCAGUAUAGCUGACACUUUGUGUUAAAAACGUAAGGUAAUUAAACAAUGCUGGUUACUAAAGCAUUAAAGUUGUUGUAAAUCUUUAGCCACAAUUAAUUUUUUAUUUCUUAUUACUUAUUCGCUUUUUUUACAAUCUUGUAAACAUAUAAAUUAGCAUUACUGUGCUUGUUUUUGCUGUGCUCCCCUAUAAAAUGCAUUAUAUUAUUUUAUUUCCUUCAGCUAUUCAGAUAUAUUAUUUAUCUGCGCUUUGCAUCUUGGCAGAGUGCACUCAUAGAGUGUAGACAGAAAUUCUGACCAUUUUACAUUUGAGCACUGUCUCCUCUCCCCAUCACACAUGCAGACGUUGUUUUCUCCACAGUACAGCUUGUAUUACUGCUCUGCAGACAGCAAAAUAUCAGGACCAUAGUCAGAUACAUGCAUGAAUUAUUUAUGGAUUAUUUAUAAAACUAUAUUUGUAAUUUACCUGUUUAUUUUCUUAGCUACAACAAUAAUACUAGCUAAUAAAACCAGUUUAUUUUCAACAAGUAGAAACGAUGUAUAGUUUUCAAGGUACUCAAUGUUUCUCUGGAACAAUAAGAAACAUUGCUAAAAUGGAAUAAGAGCUUACAUAUUUUCAAACUUAGGUGACAUAUUUUUAUUUGUAGAUAUUGCAGCACCAUAUCAGCCACUUGUUUUUGCAAAUAGGUGAUUAUGUGGCUAGUAUAUUUUCCCCUGAAGUUUGCCAUCCUGUGAAGCUGCUCUGAAAGAAACGUGCAGAGCAAGUUUGCUCUGUUUUUAAUCUUUAGAAAAUAGUUUACACUCUUGCUGACAUGAAACCAUCAUCACUUCAAAAUGAAUAGAUUUUGUGUGUUGUAAUUGUUUUAUUGCAGCUGAACAGCAUUGAUUUAUUUGAAUGGCAUUUGCAACGAUUUCACAUGCAUUUUUGUA